AUGGGAGACUCUGGGGAUCUGGCUCGACACGGCAGAAGCGGCACAGUGGAUAAUCAACAACGGCCUCCUGGUUGGACAAGGUACUUCGACAACAUCAUCCCGUACAGCGUGAAGCAGAAGAGAUGCUAUCGCUGCAACGAUUUGGCCACUUGGCGUGGUCCUGCCAAGAACCAGCCCGAUGUGGACAAUGCACAGGAUGGCAUGAGCGCCGCAAUUGCCCUCCGGGAGGGACCGAUCGUGUCCGACGCCCCUCUCACCCGGGUCUUCGCAAUGACAGGGAAGAACCUUCGCGUUCUACAGUUGAACAUUAUGAAAUCAAGGGCUGGAAUGGAGGCCCUUAUCAACGACUAG